UUAGUAUUUACACAUUAGAGCUGUUAGACCAAAGUGAGUCAGCUGCACAAUCACAAGCCUCUUUUCUGUGACUCCAUGCUGCAGCCCGCAGGGGUUGGUGGGACACCGUUGGAUGGUGCCCUCUCCCUGCAGACUUACACUAGUGCCGGUGAACAGGGCAUUGGCCUACAUGGCCUAGAGGAUGUGGGGUCUCACAAGGAGGAAGAAGAGGAGAAGAUGGGCCUGAGAGAGGGCAGUAAUGAUCCAGGGCUGCCAACCUCAAAGGUUGAGAAGGAAUGGGAGAGCGACAGCGAUGAUAUACUGAUGGAGGAUGACCAAAUGGACGACUUUGCCAGCUCGAUGCUGGCCGCCAUCUCCAGCUGGCACUAUAGAGUGAGGGCUUUGCUUUCAAACCAGGCCACUAUGGAUAAUGAGGAGGAUGGCAUCUUGGAAGAGAACAAGUUUACCACUGAGAACCUCCAGACAUCCUACCAGCAUGAGUUAGGUGUGACACCCUUGGAUUUAUCUCGGCCACAUCAGGUUGCAUCAAAUGGGUCAGUGCUAGACAGCCAUGACAGUCAGCCUGGUCUCCCAGAGAGACCUGAACCAGACCUAACUGGAUCAGAUCUGCUGGUCCUCACCAAGACCACUCCGAUCACAGCCACGGUUCCGAAAAAACCGGGAUCCAGCGGAAGCCAAAAUGCAGAGAAACGAAAGCAGCGGGAGAAGAAGCAUGCCACACAGCGGGAUGGGGUGAAAUCUGUAAGCAGGGAAGAAUCAUCGGAAUCGGAGGAAGAGGGGAAUGUAGCAGGGCCAGAGAGUGAAUCUGACAGUAUUUUGCCAUCGUCUGUGCUGAACCAGGCUGCUGUCAUUGUCGAGCACUUCCUCAACAGCACCCGGAGAGGGAGUCUACACUCUGUGGGUGGGCCCUGCCAGAAGCACGUCAGCCGGAGUGGCAGUACCAUGAGUAUGAGCACAGAUUUUCUAGAGACGGUGCAGAGGCUCCACAAUAACCCUGUGGAAGCUCGACAGAACCUGUGCAAUCGGGACUCCACCACCACAAACUGUCCCAGAGCAAACGACCUCUUUGAGGGGAGUGGUAUACCAAUGCGGAGGCAAGACUCCAGCCUCUCCAGACAGGACCAACUGCUCAUUGACAAAAUAAGAUGUUAUUAUGAGAAUGCUGAGUACAAGGAAGCCGACGUCAGUCGCACACGUAGAGAAAGUCUCACCUCCAUUCCCACAGGCCUGGUCCAAACCUCUGUCAGCCAACUCAACAGCAUCCCCAAAGAUGAAGCUCUUGCUAAGGAGACAAAGUGUUCCCCUAUCAUGAUUUCAGCUCCUUCCACCAGUAGUAUUUCUACACCCAGUGAAGCAAUUGAGACAACAGGUUUAGAUAAAACACAACAGCCUAAAUUCUUUGGCUUUGGUGCAAAAUCCUGCAUGAGUUCCGAAGACAUUGUGCCUAGCUCUCAGAUUGAGUCUUUAGUAAUAUUUGAGAACAUACAUGGAUGCGUAGCACCCCGAAAAAUCCUAGGCCACUCAGUCAACCUGGAUGAAGACCCAUCCCGGGUCCAUAGCCAUCAGGGUCGACUUUCCAGGCCUGUUCUUCUUCAGAUGGACAUCGAAGAAGACAGGCAGAUGCAGGAUGAGGAGAAAGCAAAAACUACAGUUUUUCAGUUGGCCCGGCAAUACAGUCAACGCAUGAAAACCACCAGAAAAUCUAUACAGAACAACCCAGAUCUGGACGACCUGCAUGAUGUUAACCUGCCUUCUGUGUUGGAGGAGCGGCCAGAGACAGAGAACCAAGCCCUGCCGAGGUCCCCCAGCCCUCAGGAUCGAUCCCCCAGCCGCUCCUGCCCCAUGAGCACACCCAGCCCCACGCAGACCGAGGGCUUCCACUGGCCAGAUGUGCGUGAGCUGCGCUCCAGGUACUCCUUCCAGGGAGAAGAUCAUGCCCAGGACUGCCUGCAGGCUUCAUCCGGGACCCUGAGUCGGGGCCCCAGGAGGCGCUCCAGUAGUUCCUCCAGCUUCUCAGGGUCACAGACUGCUAUCUUCAGCCAAGCCCUGGCCUCCAAGCCUCAGAGGUGGGAGUUCUGCCAGGGUAAGCCGCGGACGCGCAGAGCCGGAUCCCCAGAGCACAAGCUGUGUGAGCUGCCUGGGCCACGAGCCACAGAAAAUGCUGCUGUGCUACCUGAGCAGGCAGAUGGGACAGAACUGUACAAAGCACAAGUGUGGGGGAAGAAGGACGAGCACGCCUCACCUACAUGCCAAGGCAAGAUCUCUGCCAUGGCUGACUUCGAACACAGCAGGUCCAACUGGGAUUUAGAAAAGUACCGGCAAAGGGAGGAUGGUUGCGUGACAGGGGCUUUGGCCGUGAGGUGCAGUGAGAGCAGGGAGAAUGACCACCAGUCAGAUCUCCAUGAACAGUAUGAGGACACAGAGAACACAGGAAACAUGGAGAAUGACACUGGACAGCAGAGUAACGUCAAAAACUUGAGGGAGAAGUUCCUCAGUAUGACAUCGAAUGUAAGCAUGCUUUAAACGGGCCCUAUUAUGCUCAUUUUUACCGUUUAUAAUUUUAUUUUGGGGGUAUACUAGAAUAGAUUUACAUGAUUCAAUGAACAUUAUUCUGAUACGGUACAUCUCUAUUCACUCUGUCUGAAACACUCGGUUAGAGCCUCAAGCCCCAAUCCAGAUGAGCUCAGUGUAGUUUUGAUUGGUCAGCUUGCCUGAUUGGACAGUUUGCCUGAUUGGUCAGCUUGCCCUACACAUUCCGUCCCUGUCUUGCAGUCUGCAGACAGAUCCUUGCAGGGAGUCAGCCAAUAAGGAUUGUGUUAGAAGCUGUGUUAAUUUUGACAGCAAAUGAGAGAAUCUGCAGUCAUACAGUACACGUAUCUUCAGUUCUGUGUCACUUGACAAAUAAUAUUGUCAAAAAGGUUUUGAAUUGUACUGAAUUAAUUUCAUUUGACAGUCAGGUAUUGAUUACUUGCAAUGUUCACACGCCUAAUAGGCUACAUAAAUAUAUAUCACACUAAAUAGUUGGACAUUAUGAUCUUCUGGACCUUUGCUUCAAGAAAUGUUCUCUAACUAGACCUCCUUAAAUUUUAGUUGAAUACCUCUGCCUUACGUGAACUACAUUAGGCAAUACACUUCAUCAUAGUCUUAGGCCUCGUGAAAUCAUUUUUAUUUAGUUAUUGUCUCGUUUUAGUCUGAAAAUAAAGGUCGUUGACGAUAACUAUGACGAAACUUUUUCGUCAACAAAAUUAACACUGGUUAGAAGGUGAUAUCACCAUGUCAUGCAGGUAAGGACUGGAAUUCCAGUGAAGCAUUUCAGGCAGAUUAGAGAAGAGUAGUUUCAGUGGUGCACUUUGGGCCAUAAGACUUUGCUGACUGAUUACAUGAACACUAUAUAACUAUAUAACACACUAAAGGAAAGGGAAACACUGGCAAAGCAUAUGAAGGCCCCUUUAAACCUGUUCAUUUCAGUUCAUUCAAGUUUACUUUUGUGCAAAACUUCAUGUGCCAUUCUUGCUGCUUAACUGUAAAAAUAUGAAUAUAAUAUCCUCAUGCUGCCUGAAUAUUUAUACACAUUAAAUUUAAAUAGUUUCAACAUAACAUAUCAAGCUGAAAAAAAGCUCCCUUAAACAACUUAACUGGUCAAGAAGUUAACCGCCCAAUAAUGUGAUGGUUUGCCUCAUAUAGUGGAAUGCUGAAUAUUAACAAUUUCUCUUGGGAGAAUUUUGAAUCAUUUUCAACUUCGUACCUAACUUGUGAAAAAAUCAUUUGUUUAAAACAGCAUUCUUGUGACCUUAGAUUAUAGCCUCACUGAUGUGUGGGAAAAGUAUGUAUGUAUAUCUGUGUGUGUAGAUACCUGUAUAUAUGUCAAAUAAAAUAUAUGGAGAUUGAAUGAUAAA